AUGCUUAGGAAAGACGGAGUUACAUCAAGUCAUACAAGAAAUACACGCUGGAGAAUGCGGAGAGCAUCAAGGAAUGAAAAGGCUUCACCGGCAGCUGUUGAGUUUUGGAUAUUACUGGCCUACUAUGAAAAGGAUGCACAUGAUUUUGUUAAGAGGUGCCACACGUGCCAAAUCCAUGCCAAUUUGAAAUACUUCACGAAAUGGGUCGAAGCAGUUCCUCUCCGAAAGGCUACGGGAGCCGCUGUUUCAAAUUUCAUUCGGGAAUAUAUUGUAUGCAGAUUUGGGAUUCCAUACAAGAUGGUUAUUGACAACGGCACACCUUUUGUUAACAAGCAAGUAAGUUCAACACUUAGCGGUUACGGAAUCAAGCACCGCCGCUCAACACCCUAUUACCCGCAGGGAAAUGGUCAGGCAGAGGCUACCAAUAAGACAAUACUGAUAAUCUUAAGCAAAAUGGUGUAUGAGUACGAAGGCGGUUGGAGCAUUCACCUGCCGGAUGCUUUGUAG